GGAGCGCCGGCGAGCGCAGCCCGGGACCGAGCGGCGCGGCGCGGCUGGCGGGGCUGGCGGCGGCUGGAGCGAGAGCGCGACGCGACGCGACGCGACCGCGGCUUCCCGAGCUCCGCCUGACCGCCCAGCGCCGCGGCCCGCCCGAGGCCUGGAGGGGUCCGGGCUGCCGUCCAUGGUCGCGGCGUCCUGAGGCGGGGGACGCGCCCCCAGCCCUCUUCCGCCUCCUCCUCCCGGGCGGGCGGCCUCCUCCGGCGCCUCCCUGCGCCCGCCCGCCGCUAACCGCCGCCUCCCUCCCUCCUUCGCUGCGGCUCCCCCGGCUUUUGGAGCCCGGGGGCGGCCUGUGGCGCGCGGAGCCCGCGCCGGACUGCGCCUCUUUGGACCUUGAGGGAAAACAUGCGUUUGGCUUGGAUCGUUUGAAAUUCUUAGUUUGGGAUCCCCGCCCGCCUGCCUCUUGCGCCCCGCGGGUUUUCUUUUCUUUUUUUCUUUUUUGCCUUUUCUCCCUCCCUGUCUCCUUUUUGACUCCCUUCCCCUUUAUGCUCGCCCAGCCCUCCCCCCGCUGCCGAUAAGUGGGGGAGGGUCUCGGCCUCCAGGUUCCCGCCCCACCGGGGCCCGGGCGAGCAUGGGGGGCAAGCAGAGCACAGCGGCCCGCUCCCGGGGCCCCUUCCCGGGGGUCUCCACCGAUGACAGCGCUGUGCCUCCGCCGGGAGGGGCGCCCCACUUUGGGCACUACCGGACUGGCGGCGGGGCCAUGGGGCUGCGCAGCCGCUCGGUCAGCUCGGUGGCAGGCAUGGGUAUGGACCCCAGCACGGCCGGGGGGGUGCCCUUUGGCCUCUACACUCCCGCAUCCAGGGGGACCGGCGACUCUGAGAGGGCACCCGGCGGCGGAGGGUCCGCGUCCGACUCUACCUAUGCCCAUGGCAAUGGUUACCAGGAGACGGGCGGCGGUCACCAUAGAGACGGGAUGCUGUACCUGGGCUCUCGAGCCUCGCUGGCGGAUGCUCUACCUCUGCACAUCGCACCCAGGUGGUUCAGCUCGCACAGUGGUUUCAAGUGCCCCAUUUGCUCCAAGUCCGUGGCUUCUGAUGAGAUGGAAAUGCACUUUAUAAUGUGUCUGAGCAAACCUCGCCUCUCCUACAACGAUGACGUGCUGACUAAAGAUGCGGGUGAGUGUGUGAUCUGCCUGGAGGAGCUGCUUCAGGGGGACACGAUAGCCAGGCUGCCCUGCCUGUGCAUCUAUCACAAAAGCUGCAUAGACUCAUGGUUUGAAGUGAACAGAUCUUGUCCGGAACACCCUGCGGACUGACCCUGCUGGGCUUGCUUGCCGACUCCUCUCAAAGGCUUCAAUCCUGCCAGGCCCAGGGGGCUGGACCAACCCUCCACUCUGCAGUCACCUUCCCGCAGAUGCUUCCGGAAGCACCUACUCUGCGCAAGGGCGUUCGUUGCAGGCAGUGGGCAAGCGUGAGCUACGGCAGGUGGGCACACUUGGCCUGCGUGGAGAAACACUAAAGAAGAGUUAGUUCUGAGCCUGGGGCGGAGCCCCUAAGCCGUCGUGAGAGUUGGCAGCAAGAACGUGGGCUCCAGACUGUCUGCGCUUGGGCUCUUCUGCUUCUUGGCAGAAUGAUCUUGGGGAAAAAGCUUCAUUCAUCUGAACUUCAGAUUUCUCCUGUGUGAAAUGGGGACGAAAUCCCAUAGCUCAGAGGUCACUGAGGGUCGGGGGAUCUGCCCGCAGGCCCUGGCACAUGCACAGCAGGCCCCUCAUAGUUUUGUCACCGCAAAGGGCACUGUUCUAUUCACAGCACCUCCUGCUCCUGCCUGGCAACUGUGUCUCCUUGUUCUAUAUUUAAUUCCACCAGCAAAGCUGGUGAGGCAGGGCCCAGCCCGGAGGAGAUCUCCUUGCCUGACCCCUGGACCUGGAAACGGAGGCUUUGUGGGCCCACCCUGGUGGCUUGAGCCCACUGCUUUGGCAGUGCCAGGGCUGAGCAGAGCAGCUGCAGGCUGUGUGGGGUAGGGCUGCAGCCCAUGGCUGUUCAGUCCACCCCCAGGGACUCCGCUGCUACCUGGCAUGCUGCAGCCCUCUGCUGGCUGCCCUGUCCCCUCAAUUGGGACCCAGCUUGCCAGCUCCCAAUGUAAGGGUGGGGCUGGGGGUGUUUGGGCUUCCCAGGUGGAGCUGGUGUUUGUCAUUUUCCAUCCAGACAGCUCUCCAGAAUACCUUGUUGCCCCUAAGAGGAGGAGGAGAAGGAGGAGCCGGGCCUGGGUUACACCGACCCUGCUAAAGGCCCAGCACGCUUCUGUGGGGUUCCAGGAGUCCUCACUGAGACCACUCAUCUAAUAGCCAUGUAAUGAUAUUGAGGUUUGUAGCAGAAUGUCUUUAUCCUUAGAAGAUAGAUGCUGAAUUAUGUAGGUGAAUGACUUCAAGAAAUGUGUCAUUUAAUUCCAAGUGGUUCCCCCCAAAAAUACACAAAGCAAAUAAGGCAAAAUGUUCAUUGUUGAAUCUGCAGUGGCUGGUCUUUC